CCAUUUAGCUGGAAAACGCUCAAAACCCGUCUCCAAUGUAAUAUGAGGAAAUUAAAACUUUGUGGUUAAUUUUGAAAAUCAUCGCAAAAUCAGAGGGUGUAAAUAUAAUUAGUCAAAAAAUGAAGGCCAGGAAUUUGCAAAAAAAAUAAAAAACAAAAGGUCUAAGAAUUAAGAGCAGCACAAGUAAAAGUUUUACUGUAAAACCCACGGAAGAGCCCCAUUGAGGAAGAAGAAGAUGUCUCUGCGACAAGCAGCAGCUAACAUGAUCAAGCGGCGUUUCCGUUUGGCCUCCCAAACUUUCUCUUCAACUUGCGGCGGAGCAGCCACUGUUAUUCCACUCGCCAGGCGUACCAGAUUUGAUCACGGUUCUAAGGAUUGUAGUUGGAGGAUGAAUUAUAGCCACAGGGACCCUCGUCUGUGGCUUUUUGUAUCCGGCAAUGCAGCAAUUUUUCUUGCGAUACAUUCCAACACUGUCUUAGCAAAAGAUGAAUCAGUUGAUCCUGAUAAUGGCACAGAAGGAGCUAAAGCUAUGGGAUUGCGCAAAAUUGAGGACGGUUCUGUGAUAUCAAAUAUACAUACUUCUAAGUGGAGAAUUUUUACUGAUAAAGGGAGGGAUUUUUUCCUUCAGGGAAAAUUGGAGGAAGCAGAAAAGCUUUUCCUCUCAGCUUUACAAGAAGCGAAAGAAGGCUUUGGGGAAAGGGAACCACAUGUUGCAUCUGCAUGCAACAAUCUAGCAGAGCUCUAUAGGGUUAAUAAGGCAUAUAAUAAAGCAGAGCCCUUGUACUUGGAAGCUAUCAGCAUACUGGAGGAAUCAUUUGGUCCUGAAGAUAUAAGAGUUGGGGUUGCCUUUCACAACCUUGGCCAGUUCUACAUUGCACAACGGAAGCUUGAAGAAGCUCGCACUUGCUAUGAGCGUGCUUUGAAGAUUAAGGGCUGCGUUUUGGGUCUUAACCAUUCAGAUUAUGCAGAUACUAUGUAUCAUCUUGGAACGGUGCUACACCUCCAAGGAAAAGAAAAGGAUUCUGAGGCCCUUAUUCAGGAUUCGAUCAGAAUACUUGAGGAUGGUGGCCUAGGGGAGUCAAUGGUGUGUGUCAAGAGAAUGCGAUCUCUUGCUCAGAUAUAUACAAAAUCCAAUCGUUCUGCAGAGGCUGAGAACGUACAAAGAAAGAUUCUACAUAUAAUGGAAUUAACGAAGGGAUGGAAUUCAAUGGAAACAGUUGUAACAGCUGAGGGGCUCGCACUGAUCCUACAAUCCGCCGGGAGCUUAAAGGAUGCUGAAGAGCUUCUUGAAAGAUGUCUUGAUGCUCGGAAAACCUUACUUCCUGAAGAUCAUAUCCAGAUUGGUGCAAAUAUGCUUCACAUUGCUAGAGUGGCAAUGCUCAAUUCCAACCAACUAAAGAAGAUGGACACUUCUAAAGCAAUUUCUGAGCUUGACAAGGCCAGAGAUAAUUUAAAUGAGUCCAUAAGGAUAGCACGGUGUUCGUUGGAUAAAUCAAUCAAGAAGAAUAGAAAGAUACAAAGUGAUAUUGGAAGGAGUUGUCGUGUGCCUUUGGUCAUAAUGUUGCAAGCAUUUGACGCUCUUAGCCUUGUGGCGAUCGCUAAGCAAGAAUUACAGGAAUCAAAGCAGGAUGAGUGUUCACCUAACAUCGAAGCUGAGGAUGCACUAUUUAGAUGCAUCUCUGCUUACAAAGAGUUUGUAACUGAGAAAUCGGUUGCUGAGUUUCCUGAAGUGAAGGCAGAGUAUCUUAAAUGUUUGAAGCAUCUUAUAAGCUUAAAUAGUGGUACCAGUACCCAAAGGUCACAGCAAUCUACAAGAGUCAAUCUGCAAGAUCUGAGAGAUGAAAUCAAGCAUCUUGAACUCGAACUCUCCCCGUCUAGGAAACGUAAAAUCUAAGGCUGCUGUCAAUGGUCGAUUGUUGUUGCAGAAGCAGUUACAGAUUGUAACUUUUGAUUACAUUAAUUACAUCAACGAUAAUGUUUUCGAAGUUGGAAGCUCAACGUCAGGUGUUAUUGUCCAGGCACCCUUGUAAUUAGCAUCACCAAAUCACGGUGGAUUCUCAGAAAUGGUGGGGUGCGAGAAAAAGCAUUGCUUCCCAAUUCAUGGUGGAUUCUCAGUAUUGUCGUCAGUUUUCAUGGCAAUAAGGGCGAUUCGAGAGUCGAAAGGUGGUUGAACCGUCUAUUUUUUAAGUUGCAGUUCAUAGAUCAUUUUCGCAAAAUAUUAACCAACUCAAAAAUGUUUGAGACAUUUAAUUAACUUCAAAGAAAUUAACGAACACUAUGUUCUAUGAAGCUUAAAAUUGCAUUCUAACAAUUAAAUUGACAAAUAGUUUCGGAUUGAACGGUUAGGGCCUUUAGACUUGCAUUAGUUUCGGAUUGUAUAAGCUCUGUAGCUUAAGUCUCCUUUAAUUUCACUAUGUUGAACGUUUAGGCCAUUGUUAAACUUUUCAGUGGACCCAAA